GAUCAAAAAAAAAAAAAAGGUGCAUUGAUCUGAUGCGUCAGCUGCAUUGUAUUGCAUGGGUGCAACGUGUUGUGUACAUAGAGUAGCACCUGCCUAUCAACUAUCAUCCCCCAUUUUUCUCAUUUCUUUUCUCCUUAACUAAUUACCUUCAUACUUAAUAAUUCAGUUCUCGAUCAGUUCCCAUUUCUCUCCAUCUAUCUAUCCAUGGCGCCCUCCUCGUCUCUGCGACUUUCUGCAGCCAUUUGUGUUUUCCUCCUCGCAUCGCUCUCCGUGCGCUGUGAUGAUGAAGAAGAUCAUCUUCUUCAAGGUAUCAACAGUUACAGGCAAUCCAAAAGCUUGCCGGCCCUAGCAAAGCACGACAAGGCAAACUGCUUGGCGGGCAAGAUAGCCGACGAGAUAGAAGACGAGGCGUGUCCGCGGCCGGGAGCUCCGAGCAGCCCACCGCGAGUGGCUAACUUGCAGAAACACCUGGACAAGUGCGGCAUAGAUGGCAACACCACCAAGGACGGCAUGGUGGUGCCGGUGUGCGUGAGGAAACGAGUCCCCACGCUCGUGCUCACCAAUUACACUCAGUCCCCGCAGAAUGCAAAGUACCUGAACGAUUCCAAGUACACCGGUGUCGGAAUCGGGACGGAGGACGACUGGACAGUGUUGGUGCUCACCACCAACACUCAAACGGGGAUGUUCGCCCCCCCGGCUGGGGCGGCGGCAACUGUAAGGAAUCCUUUGUUUUGUUUGUUGCUGGGGCUCUCCCUUUUCCUACUGCGCCAGAAUUGAAGUAUUUCCUACUGUUUAUGUUAAUUAGUGUAUGUGAGAUGUUUGUAGUGGUGUUUUCCGUAUGUAACCUAGUAAAGGGAGCAAUAUCUAAUUAUCUAUCUCCAAUCUUUAA